GGUCUUAUUUUUUAUCGGUGUAAGCUUCGGUUUCAAUGCAGGGGCAUUAGGGAACAGCACCAAUGAGAGCUCCUUACUCAGUGCCAACUACACAGUAUCAAGAAUGGCAGCCACUAAAUCCCAAGGAGCACAAUUUGUGGUUGUUUCAUCUACAAUAAUGGAGGAAUCAUCAGCAUCAGUUUCCGUUACAAGGUGUGCUUCCUUAUUAUCUCGUACCGCAAAGCUGUCCAGUGUUUCAACUGUAAAACUAAAACAAUCUACAAGGAUGUGGAGUUUGAAGUCAAGUGUCGCACCCCAUACCACAGCAUCGCCAGCCUCAUCACUGCCGAAUACUUCAGCCACGUUUCUGAGCGAGUCAAGAAGCACAGCAGGAUUAAAUUCAUGUACUGUCCUCUCUUCCUUAGCCUGCGCAACCCUGUCGCCAUCCUCGUCAUUAUCAAGUAUUUCAAGUUCAUCAUUGGAACUAACAACAAGUCCAGCCCCGCCGUCAUCAAGUAAUUCAAGUUCCAUACUGCAAGAGACACGAAGUCCAUCAAGUUCGGAUUCAAGUGGUGUGCCUUAUUUCACAUCUUCUCCAGCUUCGCCGUCAUCGAGUAUUUCAAGUUCCAUAGUGCAAGUGACAUCGUCCACUACAUCCUCCUCUCUAUGCAGUUUCAGUUAUUACAGUCUAUGUCCACCUUCCUCGUCAUCUCGUACCGCGAAACUGUCAGCCACGAUCAUGGACAUGUCAAGAAGCACACCAGGGUUAAAUUCAUGUACUGUCUUUUCUUCCUUAGCCUGUGUAGCCUCGUCGCCAUCCUCGUCAUUAUCGAGUAUUUCAAGUUCGUUACUGGAACUGACAAAAAGUGCAGCUAGCUCUGUCUCAAGUAGUGCGCCUUAUUUCACGUCUUCCCCAACUUCGCCAUCAUCAAGUAUUUCAUGCUCCGCACUGCAGCUGACAACAAGUCUAUUAACUUCUGAUUCUGGAAGUCUGCCUUUUUCCGCAUCCUCUCCAGCAUCGACAUUAUCGAGGAUCUCAAGUUCCAUGCUGAAAAUUACUAGAAGUCCUUUAACGUCAGAUUCUAUAUCUCCCCCAACCUUGUCAUCAGCGAGUACUUCAAGUUUCAUACUGCGACAGACAACAAGUUCAUCGAAUUCUAACUCUAGUGGUGCGCCUUAUUCCGCAUCUUCCCCAUCCUCGUUGUCAUCGAGUAUUUCAAGUACUACACUGCAACAAACAACGAGUCCUGCAAGUUCAGAUUUAAGUAGUGCGCCUUACACCAAAUCUUCUCCUACCUUGUCAUCAAGUUCGAUACUACAACAGACAAGAAAUUCGUCAACCUCAACUUCUAGUACUGUGCCACAUUCUACAUCUUCCGCAUCUUCGUCAUCCCUGAUUAUUUCAAGUUCCUUGCUGCAACAGACAAUGGGUCUAUCAAGCUUAAAUGUAAGUAGUGUGCCUUAUUCCACAUCCCCCUUAUCAUCAAGCAUUUCAAGUUCUACAGCGCUACAGACACGUUCUUCAGUUUUUAACUCCAGUGGUGUGCUUUACUCCACAUCUUCUCCUACCUCGCUGUCACCUUCCAUACUCCAACAAACAAGUUCAUUAAGUUCUGGAUCAAGUAGUGAACCUUCUCUAACCUCGUUAUCAUCCAGUAGUCCAACUUCUAUACUUCGACAAACAACCAGUUCAUUGAAUUCAGACUCUAGUAGCCCUCAUUCUACGUCUUCUAGUACUUCGUCCCCAUCAAGUAUUUCAAGUUCCAUUCUGCAACAGACAAUUAGUCCAUCAAGUUCUGAUUUACCUAGUGUGCUUUAUUUCACAUCUUCUCCAACCUCGACAUCAUCGACUAUUUCAAGUUCCAUACUGCAACAGACAAGCAGCUCAUCGAGUUCAGAUUCUAGCAGUGUACCUCGUUACUUACCUUCUCCAACCUCGUCAACAUCUGUUAUUUUAAGUUCCAUACUGCAACAUACAGAGAGUUCAUUGAUUUCUGAUUCUAGUAGUUUCACACUUGAACAAUCAAGAAGUUCGACCAAAUCACAAUCUAGUACUUCAACUAUUUUUUCUUCUUCAGUACCCAGUCUUUUAACGACGACAUCGCGGUCAGGGAGCGCAGUUUAUUCUUCAUCUCUUGCAGUGCAACAAUCAAUCAACUUAUCAGUUGUAAGGCCACCUUCAACGCGCUUUUUAGUACCAGCUGAAUCUAUAGCAUCGUCAAUAACUUCUGCAACAACGCAGCAAACAGUCACCUCGACUCCAGUUUUUUUGCUUACCUCCGCCUUUACUCCCAGUCUGACUCCCUUUUCAAGCCGGGUCCUUCCUACCUCAUCGCCUUUCCCAAAGGAGUCUGAAAGUGCGUUUUCUGUCUUUUCGCUAACACCUUCAUCUACAAAAUUAACGUUCAUCACUUCUUCCACAGUAAUUAUUCCGCCUACUACUCCAGAUCCAGAAACAACAAAACGAUUUACCGUGAGCUCCACAAUCACAAACAAGAAGUACAAAGAAGAACUUGAAGACGAAGAAAGUAAGGGAUUUAAAGAUCUUGCGGACGAAAUUAACACGUCAGUCACUAAUGCACUUGAGAAAAAGAUCGAAUUUGCUAGCUCUAAUGUGGUACGGUGACAUUAUGUGGUACCACAUUAUGCAGUACCACAUUAUGUGGUACCCACUUUAUUUUUUCAAAGCCUGGCAACGCUAUCCCACGCAUAAAUUGCUACCCAGCAGAUAAAUGUUGGGAAAACGUACUGCGCAAUCCAUCGGAUAGAGAUUUAUCCCGUGGAUAGCGUUAUCCACCCUUUCAAUAAUCGAGGCCUGAUUUGUUGUAUAAUAUCCCUACUUCAGAUCUGUGGUAUAACUUCCAUACAUCAGAUCUGUGGUAUAUCAUCCAUACGUUAGAUCUGUGGUAUGACAUCUAUACUUCAGAUCUUUCGUAUAACAUCUAUACUUCAGAUCUGUGGUAAAACAUCCAUAAUUCAGAUCUCUGGUAUAACAUCCAUUCUUCAGAUCUCUGGUAUAUCAUCUAUACUUCAGAUCUGUGGCAUAACAUCUAUACUUCAUAUCUGUGGUGUAACAUCUAUACCUAAGAUCUGUGGUGCAACAUCUACGCCUCAGAUCUGUGGUAUAUCAUCUAUACUUCAGAUUUUUGGUAUAACAUCUUCUCUUCAGGACUGUGGUAUAACAUCUAUACUUCAGAUCUGUGGUAUAACAUCUACACUUUUGAUCUGUGGUAUAACAUUUAUUCGUCAGAUCUGGGGUAUAACAUUUAUUCUUCAGAUCAGUAGUAAAACGUCUACACUUCAGAUCUUUGGUAUAUCAUCUAUUCUUCAGAUCUGUGGUUUUAACAUCUUCACUUCAGACCUGUGGUAUAACAUCUACACUUCAGAUCUGUGGUUUAACGUCUAUACUUCAGACCCCGGU